GGAGGGAAGUUUAUAAUUCUCCUUCCAACCUUAAAAAGCUACAUUUCCAUUCUCCUGCUUCUGGCGCCAUUUGCAGCACUCCUCCUCCGUUCAAACUUCUCCCUCCAUUUUCCUCUUUCCCCAAAAACCCACCUUUAAAACAACUGUCUAAUUCUCCUUGAACAACUUUUUUUAAUGGAGGAAAAGGAGAGCACGGUAUCAGGGUCACUGGGAAACUCCGAUACAGACUCACCGACCGCACCGGUGAGCAGUAUGAUGAUGCCUCAGGUCUUGAACAUGAAUAUGGGCAUGACCAUGGAGAGAAGCAUUGAUGGGGCAGGACCUGCAGGGGUAGUUGUAGGGGCAGCAGAAACAACAGGAUCAAGAGGUGGAGCGCUGGGGAGUGGGGCCGGCGGCGGCGGCGGCGGCGGAGGAGGAGGAGGCGGAGGUGUUGAUUCUUCUGGGAAAAAGAAGAGAGGGAGGCCAAGAAAGUAUGACGCAGAUGGGAACCUGAGAUUGCCGUAUCCAAUUAUGUCACCACCUCCUGGGUUCAGUCUGUCGCCUUCAUCUCCGCCGGAGUACUCUUCCAAGAGAGGCAGAGGCCGGCCUCCAGGCUCCGGCAACUGGCAACUUCUCGCUUCUCUAGGUAAGUUGAAAUAAAAAUAACAUCUGGGUUUCACUUCAUUCCCCUUUUUGGGUUUGUUUACUUGUAUGCAAACUCUAUUUGGCUCCCGAGAAAGUGCCGGAAAAGAAAAGAAAUCAAUGAAAAAUUUUAUG